GGAGGGGGGGUAUCGAAGCAGGGGCCUGCAGGGUCACAUGGAAGAGGGAGUUUUACACUCAGUCAUUUGGCACAGAAAGUUACUCCUGAUGUGUUGAAGUGAUGCGCAUUUGUUUUUGGAUGAUUUAUUAGUUGAAGUGUGUGUCUGCAGGUACGUAUCCGGUGCGUAAUAGACUUGAGAAAGCAGCCGUGCGUAAAAGUUGGCACCAUUUUUGGACAAUGUGGCGGUGCGGUUUUUUGGUGCUCGUGGGCGCGGUGCUUGUGAGCUCUCAGUUCCCCAGAGAGUGCGUGACACCGGAGGGACUGAGGAGCGGACAGUGCUGCCCGUCGCCCUCCGGACUGAAUAACGACCCGUGCGGCUCCAGCACCGGGCGCGGACAGUGCGUGUCAAUCACAGUGGACGCGCGUCCUCACGGGCCUCAGUACCCGCACGACGGACGGGAUGACCGGGAACGGUGGCCCAUCCGUUACUUCAACCGUACUUGUCAAUGUAACGGAAAUUUCAGCGGGUAUAACUGCGGCCGCUGCAAGCACGGAUUGACCGGACCAAACUGUGACCAGCGAGUUUCUGUUGUGAGGAGAAACGUGAUGCAGCUCAGCGCGGAUGAGAAGCGUGCGUUUGUGAACGCGCUGGAUCAGGCCAAGCGGACGGUGCACCCUGACCUGGUGAUCGCUACUCGGCACUUUUCCAACAUCUUCGGGCCGAACGGCACCACCACGUUCGAAAACAUCACCAUCUACAAUUACUUCGUGUGGACCCACUAUUACUCCGUCAGCAAGACGUUCCUGGGCGCGGGACAGGCCAGCUUUGGGGGAGUGGACUUCUCACAUGAAGGCCCCGGUUUCGUAACUUGGCACCGGUAUCAUCUGCUGCAGCUGGAGCGAGACAUGCAGGACAUGCUGCAGAACCCCUCCUUCGCCCUGCCCUACUGGAACUUUGCCAUCGGGGGAAGCACAUGUGACAUCUGCACAGAUGACCUGAUGGGAGCCAGGAGCAGUUUUGAUAUGAAUUCCCUGAGUCCAAAUUCCAUCUUCUCCCAGUGGAGGGUCCUCUGUGAGAGCGUAGAAGACUACGACACGCUGGGAACCAUCUGCAACAGCACCGAGACGGCUCCGAUUCGAAGAAACCCAGCAGGGAACGUGAACAGGCCGAUGGUGCAGCGUCUCCCGGAGCCUCAGGAUGUAGCCGACUGUCUGCAGGUUAACACUUUCGACACUCCGCCUUACUACUCCACUUCCUCCGAAAGCUUCAGGAACACUAUUGAAGGCUACAGUGCCCCCCAGGGGAACUACGAUCCCGUGGUGAGGAGCCUCCACAACUUGGCUCAUUUGUUCCUGAAUGGAACUGGAGGACAGACUCACCUUUCCCCCAAUGAUCCCAUCUUUGUCCUGCUCCACACGUACACUGAUGCUAUAUUCGAUGAAUGGUUGAGGAGACACAGUCCAGAUGCCGCGGUGUAUCCUGAAGAAAACGCCCCCAUUGGUCACAACAGGCGCUACAACAUGGUGCCCUUCUGGCCUCCAGUGACCAACUCAGAGAUGUUUGUGACUGCUCCGGAAAAUCUCGGUUACUCUUAUGAAGCUGAAUGGCCAGGUCAAGCAUUCACUCUGACUGAAAUCAUAACGAUGGCCAUAGUUGCCGCCCUCGUCCUCGUGGCGGUCAUUUUUGCUGCCACCACAUGCGCUGUGCGUGCACGUUCAUAUAAGACAGAGGGCCUCCAGCCUCUGCUCGGGGAUCAGUACCAGCGCUACGACGACGACAAAAGCCAAUCUGUGGUCUGAGAUUGCCACCAAUGUGCCACACAGCCAUGCAGUUUGUUGAAAUCUGCUUUCAUUUAAGACAAAAAAAUAAAAGAAUCCUUUUGUUCCAGUCAUUUCCAUGAAUCAGAAACAGGUGAAAUCUCUUUACAAAUUGUGCAGAUGUCAGCUGUUACUUUGUAUCUCAGUUUAUGUAAAGAAAAUGUUCAGAUUUAUUCAUUAGUCUGUGGAGUUGCAAGGAGACUCUUUGAAACAAAUGUGUGUCAGGCCUUUAGAAUAGCAUGUCAGUGGCAGCAAUGAUGCCUUCUGUAGUUUAGUGUGUGAUGUUUCACUUAAAAAGUGAUCAGGUAUAAAGAAUGUAGAUGCAAUCUUCAUUGUUCUGUAACUCUCUUAGAGUAAUGGGGAGAGGAAUACUGCCUGACUAAUAAAUGCAAAAAAUAAUUAAA